AUGUCGGGGAACCACGACUAUCCUCCCGCCUCUCGCCGUGGCCGUGGAAAUCGGGCCGGUGACCGACCACCGAGGUCUACUGCAACUCAUCUGCGACACCUGCGAGACCUGUUAACCUCGGAUCGUAGUCGCGAUACAUCCGCUCGCGCACUAGAAACCCUUAACCGAGAGAUCAACCAUUACCGCCGUUCCCAAGAUCGACCUGCCUUCGAAGAGAGUAGGGGAGCCGUAGAUCGACAGGUCCCACAGAUUCGACCACGCCGAGAGGCUCAUGGCAGAUUUCCUCGUCAUCCGCACCCGGCAAUGCAGAGAUUACAAACGUUGAAUGUCACCGUUGUGGACCCCGACACCAAUACCCCCGAUUCUUCACGGUCACCCGGCGGAUCUUCCAGGCGCCGCACCCCAAGUGGUAGCAGGUCCGGCCAGGAACUAGGCAAUCGUGAAUCCAGCACCGCUUCCCUCCUCGACGAGCCCGUCCCCCUCCUCAGCAUGCCCCCCGUCAUUCCACAGCCGCUCGGGGAAGAGGAAGAGGAGGAUGAUGACCUUAUGGACCGAUGGAGAGUCAAACGCAGAAAGCUCGAUUCCGAUGACAACAGGGAAGGUCCGCAAAGGUUUCGAUACGGGCAUUAUGGUCAAGUAGUGCCUGGAGCCCUCAAUAUGGAAAUGGAAAGUUGCGAUGGAGGUCUUUUCGAACCAGAAGGCGAACUUGCAAGUCCCAUGAACGUUCUCCACAACGACUCGUCGUUCUAUAGCACCAAGUCAGACCGUUGCAACAUAAUAUUAAAGCAUCGUGGGGAGUCGCCGUUUUCUCUCAAGCGAAUCGUGAUCAAGGCUCCAAAAAACGGUUAUGACGGCCCGCUUAGGAUGCAAGAAGGAAUGGUAUUUGUUGCAAUGGGCUCGGAAGAACUUGUUGCCCAGGCCACUGACUAUCAAUACCAUCACACCCAUCGGCGACAACGUCGAUAUCGAAGAAGUGGCAUGCAACCGUCCCAGGAGUAUUUGAAUUCAUAUCGGGCCCCGCUGCGAACGCUCCAGCGCGCGGGUCUGUCUGGCCGUGAGUCGAAUUCAGAGUCGGGUCCGAAUCCCACUCACGCAGACGGUCGACCUCGUCCAAUCUCCGAUUUCCGAGUGACGAUGGAUUAUGACGAACGUUCCGAGCGUAGUGACUGCGGCGAGCUUGACUUCGGGGGACCGACACCCUCCUCCGUUGCGGAUAUCGACUGGCUGGCCGUGGACAACGAGAUCGAGGAAGAUCCUAUAAGCUCCGACAGCGACUUCAGCGACAGCGACCUGGAAAUUGGCGACUUGAGCAGCGUCCAUCAAAGGCGCCGCGAGUUACAGAGACAGGUCCGAGUUAUGCGUCGACAAUAUGCCAUAGAGGAGGGCCGUCUCCCAAGGCGACCACCAGCUCCCAGUACCUACCACCCUUCGUCCUCGUCCGGGCCUGCCCAAACUCCAGAGCCAGGCCCGUUCAUGGCUCAUGCUUGCUUCUCUAUCGAGCGAACCAAGAACGUGGUCAACAUCAAGUUCGAUCCACCUCCCUCCGGUCGCUAUAUUCUAGUCCAACUCUGGUGUCCUCACGGCGAUACCAGCAUUGAUAUUCAAAACAUCGCAGCCUACGGAUUUGCGGGUCCACGAUUCUUCCCUGCUGGCACCUUCAGGUGA